UGAUAUUUCAAUAAUAUUGAUGCUUCUAGCACACCGGCCAUGAUACGACUGCAGCUUGCAUCGCUCAACAAUUCCACACUUUCCCAAAGCCACAGGGGAAAAGGUCAAACCAUCAAGACAAGCAUGUUAUCUGUUGAGAUAGCCUUCCUUAGUCAUCCUGUCACUGUUUCACAAACUCCACCACUGUUAUCAGAGGUGGACGCGCCCUUCUCCGGCGUCGCACUUUCUCCGACGAUUUGUCCUGCUGAUAGUACACUCUAGCCUUCUCAAUGACUAAAGACAGGGAAAGUUGCUCGGGUUGGCCAGAUGCAGGGUCGCUGAGAUACGUCGGUCAUCGGUCAUAAAAUCAAUGGCAAUGGAAACACCAUCCACGACGUCGAACCCGUCGAAUCCGUCGAAUCCGUCGACUGGGGCAUCACGCAUAAAAAUCGUCGCUCUGGAAGCACGUUUCGGUCCGAUUCCCGACUUUGACACUUUCAAAGGAGAGUUCGACAUCGACACCGCAAUCUACGAUCAGACUGUGCGAGAUGAUUUGGAGGUACUCAAAGAGCGACUUCGCGAUGCGGAGAUUGCCAUCAUUUGCACCAUGCCCAUGACGGCAGCCACAUUGGCCCCAGAGGUAACACCAAAUCUGCGUGCCAUUUCAAUCAGCGCAGCCGGAACAGAUCACGUCGACUUGGAAUAUUGUCGGAAACGUGGGAUUCGAGUGCUCAAUAGUCCCAGGGCGAACACGGAGACAGUGGCCGAGCACGCGAUCGCCCUGUUUUUUGCGGCGAGAAGGGCGAUUGUACAGACGCAUAUACAGACAGUGCACGACCAAUGGCCAAAGAAAAAAACGCUAGUAACUUCACUGCGAGGCAAAAAUGAUGCUCUACCUCUAGGAUUGAAGGAGGAGACUGUUGGUAUCGUGGGGUACGGUGGUGUUGGCAAACACAUUGCAAAGCUUUGUACCGGGCUGGGCAUGACCGUCCUGAUUGCAGACCGCAAAUCGAGUACAACUACGGAAACACAGGGAACGGCACCAACAAGCAACGGAUCCAAUGCUAUGACUCGAUGUUCAUUCACGCAAAUCCUCCAAAGUUGCACCGUCAUCUUCGUUGCCAUACCACGACUCCCGAGCACCAUGAACAUGAUCUCGGCGAGCGAGUUUGCCAUGAUGAGCUCCCGUGCCGUGCUUGUCAACGUCAGUCGUGGUGGCAUAGUCAAUGAGAGUGAUCUGCUGGUUGCACUACGAGAGCGACAAAUAGCUGGUGCCGCGACCGAUGUCUUUCUGGUCGAACCAGCAUGGACAGAGAACUCGGUCUUGGUCAAGGCCUUGGCGGAGGAGGAGACAACCGUUGAUGGCGAGAAGCUGCCCCUUGUCGUCACGCCACAUGCUGCGUGGUAUAGUGAAGUCACCAUGGGGAAUCUGACAAAAGAUGCGAAAAGGAAUGUUGUUGGGUGGCUUCGAGGAAACCCGCCUCCAGAGAAUGUAGUUGUCUAAAGGCCCUGCUCUCGCCCGCCAUUGGAUUUGUGUCUAGCUUCAAUAUGUUGCCUGAAGACGUUUGACCAUCCAGUCAAUUGGCAUGACAGGUUCAU